CCCGGUCUCCCCGCGAUGGCUCUCCCCACGGCUCCCGGCAGCCCUCUCCCCGCCGUAGCCCGAGGGCGAGGACGGCGAAAGAGGCUCGUUUGGACUCCGAGCCAAAGCGAUGUCCUGCGAGCGUCCUUUGAGCGGAACCCGUACCCGGGCAUGGCCACCAGACAACAGCUGGCCCAGGCCAUCGGCGUUCCGGAGCCCAGGGUCCAGAUCUGGUUUCAGAAUGAGAGAUCGCGCCGCCUGAGGCAGCACCGGCGGGAAUCCAGGCCCUGGCCUGGGCCAAGCGGCCCCCGAGAAGGCCGGCGAAAGCGGACCGCCAUCACCCAAUCCCAGACCGCCGUGCUCCUCCGAGCCUUCGAGCAAGAGCGCUUUCCGGACUUCGCCACCAGGGAGGAGCUGGCCAGAGAGACGGGCCUCCCGGAGUCCAGGGUUCAGAUUUGGUUUCAGAACCGAAGGGCCAGGCAUCCAGGCCCGGCUGGCGGGGGACCCGCGCACGCAGGCGGCCUGGGCAACGCGGCCCCUGGCAGGUGCCGCUCUCCUCCCUCCUGGGUCGCCUCCACCCACACCGGGGCGUGGGGGGCGGCGCUUCCCGCACCCCACGUGCCCUGCGGGCCUGGGGCUCUUCCACAGGGCCCGGUCGCGAGCCAGGCAGUAAGAGCCGUGCCCCUGCUCCUGCAAGCACAGGCGGCACAGACAGAAGGAACCUGGCAACCUUCCCCGGCACUCGGGGCUUUCGGGUUCGCCGCCCCGGCUCCUCCGGAAGUGGCGCUCCCCCACCCUCAGAGCCUUCGGGGGCCUCCGCACCCGAGCGCGUGCCAGGAGGAGCGGGACGGGCAGCACGCCGGCCUGCCGGGGACGUGCUCCGUGGGACAGCUUGGGCCCGCUCCAGCCGACUCGCAGGGGCAAGGUGCGCUCGUGCCACACAGGGCCCACCAGGGUCCUUGGUGGGGCUGGGGCCAGGGGCCCCAGGUGGCCUGGGCGACAGGGGAACCCCAAGCCGGGCCACCUCCGCCGCCGAAGCCCGCACCUCCGGAGGCCUCCGCCUGGCAGGGGCAGAUGCACGCCCUGCAGGCGCUUUCCCAAGCGCUCCAGGAGCAGGAGGAGCGCUCGUCUGCGCUCACCUCCAGCCUGCUGGAUGAGCUCCUGUCGACCCCGGAGUUGCAGCAACAGACACGACCUUUCCUAGAGACGGAGCCACCUGGGGAGCUGAAGGAGGUGGAAGAGCUGGCUUGGCUGGAACCACCAAUGAUCCAGGAGGAAUACCGGGCUCUGCUGGAGGAGCUUUAA